GUUGACGUCGGCUGUCCGAGCUGGCUGGUGUGGAAAGUGCAGCUGAAAUGCAAAGAGCUUUGCUGGUACCCCGCAGCUCACCGGGUCUGUGGCGCCGGAGAGGACUGACUCACCCCUGUAAAUGGACGCGAUACUGAACUACAGGCCGGAGGGCGGCGAGGACUACUACGCCCUCCUGGGAUGCGAUGAGCUCUCCUCGGUUGAGCAAAUCCUGGCAGAAUUUAAGGUCAGAGCUCUGGAAUGUCACCCUGACAAGCAUCCGGAAAACUCCAAAGCUGUGGAGACUUUUCAGAGACUGCAGAAGGCGAAGGAGAUUCUGACCAAUGCCGAGAGCCGGGCCCGCUAUGACCACUGGCGGAGGAGCCAGAUGUCGAUGCCAUUCGAGCAGUGGGAAGCGUUGGCCGACUCAGUGAAAACCUCGAUGCACUGGGCUGUCCGAAGCAAGAAAGACUUGAUGCUGGAAGGGACUGACCAGACCUGUCCCGACACAGUUCAAAACAAGGAACGGAACGAGCAGAGAGAAACCAAGAGAGGAGAGCCAGAUCCAGCCACAGAGAGAAGGAGGCAGAAGGGAUCUGAGUCCCCAGAGGAGGCCAGCUCCCCUCAAAACCCAGGCUCUCCAGGUCUCUCCGAUUUGAACUAUGGCCGCCUUCGUUUCCGCUGGUCUGGAGAUGCUCCCUCAGAGCUCCUGAGGAAGUUCAGGAACUAUGAAAUCUGAAGUGUUGCUGCUCUGUGAGAGAGGCAAGGCGGUCGGGUUGCCUUUGCUGCCAAUGUGCCGUUUUUUGUUGUUCAGGUCUUAAAAAUGUGUUUGUGAAGGCCGGGCGGUGGUGAUGCAGGCCUUUAAUCCCAGCACUGGGGAGGCAGAGGCAGGCGGAUCUCUGUGAGUUCGAGGCCAGCCUGGGCUACAGAGUGAGAUCCUGGACAGGCUCCAAAGCUGCACAGAGAAACCCUGACUUGAAAAACCAAAUAAAUAAAUAAGUAAGUAAAUAAAUAAGUAAACAAAUGAGUAAAUAUGUUGCUCAGGGUGGUCAGGUCCUCCGUCCUUAAAC